AUAUUAAUUCAAUUAAUUUAAAUGAUGAAUUGAAGACUAAAGAAUCAACAGGACUAAAUGCUUCUAGACAAUGGUAUUUGUAUGAUCAGAUACGAGAUUUAGUGCAAAAUCCUGAUAAAAGAAAUAAUAUUUGUCCAGAACCUUCU